AUGUCAGUGGAAGUGCCAGAGCCAAGACCUUCAUCAUCUUUUCGACCUUCGCCUUCGCCCAGCAUAACGUCACAAUCUGACGAUCCAGAUCGUGAAGAAGAUGAUGAAGUAGACGAUGACGAAGACGAUGAGGAUUAUACAGAUGUUGGACCGUCAUUCAAGGAUCGAAGGAAUACACUCAAAGCUCGUGGCUCAGCAGCAUUGGUGCCAAAGGUAAACACAAGUGAGAGUUGGAGCGUGACACCAGCAACUGCGCGAAAUGCUUCCGCUGCCACGCUACCACACGAAAUUUUACUGCAUAUAUUCAAGUAUGUCUCGAUCAAUCCGCCCGAUCUACGCAGAAGUUUGACUGUAUGCAAAGCUUGGUGUCUAUGCGGAGUAGAAUUACUGUGGCAUCGGCCAUCAUUUCAUCGAAUUUCGAGCUUAUUCAAGCUCAUUCACAACAUUCGAAAACCUGAUCAAACAUUCCCGUAUGCCACUUUCAUUCGUCGUCUCAAUCUGUCACUUUUGGGACAAGAUUUGGAGGAUUCACUCUUCAGUCGUAUGGACGUUUGCACACGAUUGGAGAGAUUGACAUUAACACAAUGCAAUGGCAUAUCAGAUGACACACUUUCCGGCGUUUUACAGCAUACCAAGCAUCUUGUCGCUGCAGAUUUUACGGAUGUGGAGAAUUUGACAGACAAGACUGUAUUCACGAUUGCUGCAAAUUGUCCAAGAUUACAAGGUAUAAAUCUUUCAGGAUGCAAAAAGGUGACUUCUGCAAGUAUCGCAGCUUUGGCCAAAAAUUGCAAACUCUUGCGUCGAGUCAAAUUGUGUGGAUGUGAUUUGGUCGGUGAUGAGGCCUUGGCUGCUUUGGCUGAGCAUUGUCCAGUACUUUUGGAAGUUGAUUUGAUCAACUGUCCUCUGAUCAGCGAUGCUUCUGUGCGAAAGAUUUGGCAAUUCUCUUUCCAUAUGCGCGAGUUACGUUUGGCACAAUGUGGAAAGUUGACAGAUUUGGCAUUUCCUGCUCCUCCAAGUACGCUACAAAGUAGUGCUGACCCUCACAUGCACACACCAAUUGCACAUGGACAAAUUUCGAUCAUCAAUCAAGGUUUGAGUCGGGGAAGCGAUUCAGCUCCCACAAGCCGCGGUGCAUCGCCUAUGGGAACGAUGAAUGCGCCGCAAUCUAGACCGUUGAAUCUAUCGUCAUCUCACGACACACUUCCUCGGGUCGAUAUACCAAUGCACACUCACUUGCGUGCCUCACGUAUGUUUGAUCAUUUGCGCAUCUUGGAUUUGACCAAUUGCAAUACAAUUUCUGACGCAUCAAUCGAAGGUAUUGUUUCCAACGUACCGCGAAUCAGAAAUUUGAUCUUGGCGAAAUGCACUCGUUUGACAAACGAGAGUGCUUAUAGCAUCGCAAGAUUGGGCAAAAAUUUGCAUUACCUGCACCUUGGACAUGUCAGUAAUCUGACCGAUCGUGCUGUUUGCCAUUUAGCACGCUCGUGUACACGAUUGCGAUAUAUCGAUUUGGCCUGCUGUCCUCAAUUGACAGAUUUAAGUGUACUGGAGCUGGCAGCCAAUUUGCCUAAACUACGUCGAAUCGGUCUGGUGAGGGUAGCCAAUUUGACUGAUCAAGCCAUUUAUGGAUUGGUGGAACGUCAUACCAGCUUAGAACGUAUACAUCUUUCCUAUUGUGAGAACAUCUCCGUACCGGCAAUCUUCUGGCUCUUGGAAAGACUUCCUCGAUUGACACAUUUGAGCUUGACGGGAGUCAAUGCAUUCCGCAAACCAGAACUUCAAUUAAUGUGUCGGGAGCCGCCGAGAGAGUUCAAUGCACAUCAAAGAAAUGCUUUUUGUGUGUAUAGCGGAAAAGGUGUCAACGAAUUGAGAAAAUUCUUACAAGGGGUCUAUGCCGAUCAAACAAAAGCUGCACUGUUUGGUGAUCUAAGUCCAGAAGUACACAAUGCUUUGGCAAGGCUAUCCGAAAGU